CGAAUUGAACUUCUGAAGGUACUGUUGGGAAACUGUUCUAGGACAUCAUCAAUACGAUCUCAACCUCGGGACACGGUGUCCGUGUCAUCGCCGAGCAUUUCACGGUCUCGUUUUGUAGUAUUGGCACGCUGUCCUUGUUCCCUCCUCUCUGAACAUGGUGCUGUGUAGCUAGGCCAAGGAUGACCCUUACGCGCUGCUGGGGCCGUACUUGGCACAAAACGGGAGUUUCUCCUUCGAAUUUGUCGUAUAACGUAUCUGGAUGUAGGUAGCGGCAUAUGUACGUAUACUCAUAACGAAUUCCUUGCGUACGUCCGGUCCGGUGUCCGAUAGUCUGGGAAAUUGGAGACAUAUAACUGUGGCUCGCCCUCAACACGCGUCUGCUAGCAAGGCAGCCUCGUGUUAUAUCUCCUUGAACUGAGUCCACCACAAUCGCGCCGCCUCUUUGUGCUCUACUCGAGCAGAUAACAUAUGUCGACCACGCUAGCCCUUACUGUAACUCCUGAGCCCGGAAUCUCAGACCCAGCCGUCGCCGAGUCUAAAGUCAGAGUUGCGGGUCAGGUCAUUGUUUCUCAGAGCAACGUUACCGGCGAUCCAGACGUGGAUCCGUCGAUAACAGCCAGGAGGCACUUGAUAGACCGGAUUAAGGCCAUCGGGGCGAAUCAGUCCUCCGCGCAGACGAAGAACACAGGCCCAACACGUCUGGGAGCACUGGAGUUCAAGUCCUCCAAAAGCCUGCGGCACUGCAGUCAACCGUGCGGCAUCAGCGACGACAUCGAGUCUUUCCUACACGUUGUGACAUGGCUUGCAAUCCACGUCCUCCCAUUCGAAGCGCCCGUAUACCUGUACAAGGUUUCCAACUGCAUUUUCGAAUUUUUCCAAUUGAGGCAAUACAAAUACACCGAUAAGGAGAUUUUUGCGCUUCGUUUCUGCUAUACUCACGACAUCCUCAGCUACUUUUGCGUCAAAACCUUGGAUCCAUGUUCCGCUAACCUAGGAGACUACUUCAUCUACGGAGAGCUGCGCAACCUGGCGAGAAUGCUUUGGCUUUGGUAUAUCCAGAAACUUCCGGAACAGGAGCGAAAAGAGCAUGGGGACAUGCUGAAGAUGCUGAUCCCUCCCGUGGGUCAUUCAGAGCAUGUGGCUGAGUUACUCCCGGACCCGGAGUUGGGGCUCAGUGCGACGGAGCAGUGUAGGUUCAUGGUAUUUUUCUGCAAGUCGUCCAACGAUUCGAAGAAGUUUGUGGAGCACUCGGCGGAGUUGAGGAAGAGCAUGCUUACCGAGUUGACGAGCCUUUUUACGAUAUAUCCCUCUUUGGCUACAGUAGGUUUUAAACUGUUCGAUUGAGUAGUAUUAUUG